AAUUUUGAUAAAAUGGCAAGCAUCCGACAGAGUUCUGUGCCGGGUUCACAAGAAACAGAGGAGCAGCAAAGAUUGAGGUUUCAGACAGAGUUAGAAUUUGUGCAGUGUUUAGCAAAUCCAAAUUAUCUGAAUUUUUUAGCCCAAAGAGGAUAUUUCAAAGAUCCAACUUUCAUAAACUACCUGAAGUAUUUACAGUAUUGGAAAGAACCAAAAUAUGCCAAAUAUCUGAAGUAUCCCCAAUGUUUAUUUUUCUUGGAGCUGUUACAAUAUGAACAUUUCCGUAAGGAGCUGGUGAACUCCCAGUGUGCUAAGUUCAUAGACGACCAACAACUGCUACACUGGCAGCACUACCAGAGGAAGAGGAUGACUCUGUUACAGGAGGAAAUGACUGCCCAGCGGACAUUGCAGCAAACCAAGGAGAAACCGGGAUAACAGGAUCAUACAGUGACGAGGAUAGUACAAAGGUUAAACUCAGGAGAAAACUCGGAAGUCUGUACUAAGUACUGACCAUUGUAUGUUGUUGUUGAAGUACAGAGGACACUGCAUGAGAAAUGUGGAAAAUGAACGCCCUCUGCUCAGCCUAUUGAAAACUUUGUUGGAUUAAUUGACUUGUUUUCAAUGGAAAGCCAAUACUGAUAGAAAUAGAAUAUGUCAUAUAAACUACAGAGAACUUGUCUCAGAUGAUUUGACUUUACUGCAGUAAGCAGCCAUGUAUGAAAAGUGUGUGACACUGUCAAGAUGAUACAUGGAUCUACAUUUAUGAAAUAGCAUGUAUUCUGUCCAAUUUAUGUAUUAAAUUGGGAAAAUGUUGAUUAAUAAUUUUGCUUUAAAUUAAUCAAAAAGAUAACUUUUUACACUAUAGAAAAAUAUAUCUGCUUUUACAUGAACUAAAGCUACCAAACAAUUGCAAUGUUUUUUUCUCAUGGAAUAUCAUGCUUGAGUGUACAUAUAAAUCUUGGGUUAUUUCAUAUCACUGUAAUAAAAAGCUAGUAAAAAAAGUGAAUAUGUGGAACACAAUGUCUAGACAUGUACGCAGGUUUAAUUCAGAUGAAAUGAUUCAAGAUGACAAUGUCUUAAUACUUGAGAAUGUGUGGAACUAAAUGAACUAAACAAGAUGUUGUUUUUUUGGUAACAAUCCCAUGCAGAGUACAAAAUACAUAUCAUGAUAUAACAAUUUUAAACCUCUGGUUCACCCCCCUGAAAAUGUUCUAGAUCUGCACCUACAUUAUAUGAAAUUUGUUAUCAUUUCACAAUGUUAAUUACAUGAACGUGUAUAUCGAAUCUGUAUCUAAUGUAAUCUUUCUGUUGAAAUCUGGGUAGGGUUUUUUGUUUUUUCACUUGUGGUUCAAUACAUGUGUAUUUUGAAAAUUGUUUUAUGUAUAUCAACUUAAAUUAAUUGCACAGCUUUCUGCUAUUAUUACAGGCAAAAUAAUAAAUAUUUCUUCACUUAG